AUGGAGAAUGAGAGAGAAAAGCUGAUUUACUUGGCUAAGCUCGGUUGCCAAGCUGGAAGAUAUGAUGAUGUGAUGAAAUCGAUGAGAAAAGUAUGUGAGCUUGAUAUAGAGCUAAGUGAAGAGGAAAGAGACCUACUAACAACUGGAUACAAGAAUGUCAUGGAGGCUAAGAGAGUUUCAUUGAGAGUAAUAUCAUCCAUUGAAAAAAUGGAAGACUCGAAAGGAAACGACCAAAAUGUGAAACUGAUAAAAGGACAACAAGAAAUGGUUAAAUAUGAGUUUUUCAAUGUUUGUAAUGACAUUUUGUCUCUCAUUGAUUCUCAUCUCAUACCAUCAACUACUACUAAUGUCGAAUCAAUUGUCCUUUUUAACAGAGUGAAAGGAGAUUAUUUUCGAUAUAUGGCAGAGUUUGGUUCUGAUGCUGAACGUAAAGAAAAUGCAGAUAAUUCUCUAGAUGCAUAUAAGGUUGCAAUGGAAAUGGCAGAGAAUAGUUUAGCACCCACCAAUAUGGUUAGACUUGGAUUGGCUUUAAAUUUCUCGAUAUUCAAUUAUGAGAUCCAUAAAUCUAUUGAAAGCGCAUGUAAAUUGGUUAAGAAAGCUUACGAUGAAGCAAUCACUGAACUCGAUGGCCUUGACAAGAAUAUAUGCGAAGAGAGCAUGUAUAUCAUAGAGAUGCUUAAAUACAAUCUUUCUACGUGGACUUCAGGCGAUGGUAAUGGUAAUAAGACAGACGGUUAG